AUGUUCCCGAAGAGCAGUUCAAGCCCAUGCUGGCAGGACUUUGUCAACUGCUCAUCUCGGGGGCGUGUCUCUUGCCCAACGACGAUCACAGGCUCGAUCGGCGUUUCCCUGAGAUCCAUUUCACCACCGUGGAGGAAAUACUCUCCCACUCCUGGAAGAGCAGGUAAAGAUUAG